ACUGUAGCCGCCUUCCUAGAAAUGGGUGCCUUUGUUUGACUUGUCAUCUUCCUCAACAUUUUUGUAUUUAAAUAUAAACAACAGAAGAGCUUUCUAAGAUCAUCAUCAAUCAACGAACCAUGGAAGAACAAGGCACCCUAGAUAUUGUCAUCGUUGGCGCCGGAAUCUCCGGCCUUUCAACCGCCGUUGGACUCCAUAGGCUUGGGAUUAGAAGCAUGGUGCUGGAAUCUUCAGAUAAGCUGAGAGCCACAGGAUUCGCAUUUACGACUUGGUACAACGCCUGGAAGGCUAUGGAAGCUCUUGGCGUUUCUCAGCAUGUUCGAGACCUUCAUGAUCUUCUUCAAGGGUAUCAUCAUCAGGCUAACACUUAUGUUACUAUUCAUAUUAACUCUGUAACUUGAGAACUCUAUCUUUGAUCUUCUAAAUGCAUGCAGAUGGGUGGUGGGACACAUCUCCCCAGGAAAUCCUUCCAAGGAAAUGCUCUUUCCAAAAUCUGAAGAAUACGAGUCUCGGUGCGUAAAGAGGAAGGUGCUGUUAGAGGCUCUAGCGAAUGAGUUGCCUGAAGGGACCAUAAGGUUUUCUUCAAAGGUUGUUCACAUCGAAUUGUCUGGAUACUACAAGAUGGUUCAUCUCUCUGAUGGAACUAUUCUCAAAACCAAGGUAGUUUUGGUAGGGUGUGAUGGAGUGAAAUCAGUGGUUGGUAAGUGGCUAGGGUUCAAGAAUCCGGUUAAAACUUCCCGCUUAGCAAUCCGAGGGCUCACACAUUACCCACAAGGCCAUGGGUUUGGGAAAAAGUUCUUCCAGUUUUAUGGCGACGGUGUUCGUUCCGGUUUUAUCCCCUGUGAUCACAACACUGUCUACUGGUUCCUAACCCAUACAUCUACUGAAUUAGAUGAGAAAACAGAUCCAGAAAAUAUCAAAGAAUUUGUGCUGAACAAGCUCAAAGACUUGCCUGAAAACAUUACGAAUGUCGUGGAGACCACCGAUCUUGAUAGCAUUGUGAUGUCUCGGCUCAAGUACCGACCCCCAUGGGAACUCUUAUGGGCAAACAUCGCAAAGGACAACGUAUGCGUUGCAGGGGAUGCACUUCACCCGAUGACACCUGAUAUCGGACAAGGCGGUUGCUCAGCCAUGGAGGAUGGAGUUAUCCUGGCUCGCUGUCUCGGUGAAGCUAUAAAAGCGAAAGGUGAAUCAGAUGAUGAAGCAGAGAGUUAUAAGCGGAUUGAACAAGGGUUGAAGAAGUAUGCAGGAGAAAGGAAAUGGAGAAGCAUAGAUCUGAUAACAACGGCGUAUACAGUAGGUUUCAUACAGCAGAGCACAGGGAAGUGGAUGAACCUGUUAAGAGACAAGUUCUUGUCCUCUUUCCUUUCUCGGUUGCUGCUGAAAAAGUCUCACUUCGACUGCGGAAGCCUUGUCUCAUGA